UAGUCCAACAAAUUGUCAAAUUGACCUUUGCUACUGCCGUUUGCAAAGAAUAUGGCGUCGCUGUUCCGCAUAACGUCGAGCAACAUCAUUAGACCGUCCUCGUUGCGGUCAUUCGCGACAGCAGCACCAAAACAACCACCUAAAUCAGAAUCAAGCACCCACUUCAAAAUUACUCUCCGCCGCUCUGCCAUUGCACUAGGCGAACGGAAGAAGGAAACCCUGGUAGCACUCGGUUUGCAUAGACGUAUGCAAACUGUGUAUCAUGUCCACAGUCCAGAAGCUGCAGGAAAAAUUCUCAAAGUGAAGGAAUUAGUUGAGGUUGAGAAUGUACCCGCAAGGGCCGUACGCUCUCAGACAGAGCAGAGGCAGGAGAGGAAAGCAUCGAGAGGGUAUCAGGUGCAGGGCACAAAGCUGGGAGGACUUGCAUGGGAAACUUCGUGACGAGGUCACAUCAUCUCUCGUUGUAUGCAUGCCUAUCGCAAAACGGGUCAUCAGUAUUGUCUUCUGUCUAUUAUUUGAAGACUCGACAACCUU